AGCGUGAGCCGAUGCACAGAUUUAGGGGAACAUUGCGUUCUUGUGAACGCCUCCCUGAAAAGUGUUUUGUGGAGGAGAAGCGAGCCAACAUGGUUCGCGGACUGAUCCCUGUGGUCUUCGUUGCCGCUGUGCUGGGCUGUGCCUCCUCUGGUCACCAGAAGCAGACAAGCCAUCUGGCAGUUCGUCCAGCUUCGUAUGACUACCCUGACUGGAACCAAGCGAUGGUGGACGGAGCGUGGUGGCAACCCUGGCUCCUGGAUCAAGGGACGCGCGUGACUCUGGCCUGUUCGGGCAUCGAGUUCGUGCCCCGCCACGCCUGGGGGGCCGAGCCACCCAAAGAAUGGGAAAGGUUGAAGGUUCAACGUGUACCACGUGUCUUUGUGCACCACACAGCUGGAGGAGAGUGCUUUAACCCAUGGACGUGCUCAGAGAAGAUGCGGUGGAUACAACACUUCCACCAAGUUACAAAAGGCUGGGAGGACAUCGCCUACAGCUUCAUCAUCGGAGGCGACGGCCGCGUGUACGUGGCACGGGGCUGGGACGCGAUCGGCGCCCACACGAAGGGACAUAACAAGGAUGCUCUUUCCAUGGCCUUCUUCGGCGAUUUCUCGCGCCGCCUGCCGACGCCACGUGCGAUGAGGACGCUCGAUCGGCUCCUGCACUGCGGCGUCGCCCUGGGCAAGAUUCGUCCCGACUACACCCUGCACGGUCACCGAGACGCCACCUGCACCAUCAGUCCUGGGGACACCCUGUACGCCUUCAUCAGUCGGUGGAGGCACUUCCGUGGGAGACUCCAGACGUACAUCUGUUGAA